CAAGUCCAGGCGGCGGAUCUGGCAUCUCGCCAAAGCAAUCCCCUCGCUACCUCGCCGCUGCCACAUCUCGCCGCCGCCGCACCUCUCCGCCGACUAAAUCACCCAUUGAGAGGAGCUGCACUGCCAAGCCCUACCAUGAGCGCAAGAGCGGAGAUGUCUCCCCGCCGCCGCCGCCGCCGCGCCUCUCCGCCGCCUGCCUCUCUGCCGGACGACGACGACAUGCUCCGGGAGAUUCUCCUCCGCCUCCCCCCGCGGCCUUCCUCCCUCCCGCGGGCCUCCCUCGUCUCCAAGCGUUGGCGCAGCCUCGUCGCCGAUCCCCAAUUCCAACGCCGCUUCCGCAAUCACCACGGCAAGCCUCCUCUCCUUGGCUUCUUCGUCGAAGACCGUCGCUCCUGUCCGUUUUUUCCAAUGCUGGGCCGACCGGAUCGCAUCCCCCGCGCUCGCUUCUCCAUGCCUCCCAACAAGGACGACCGUAUCCCCGGCGCUCGCUUCUCCAUGUCUCUCAACGGGGACAACCGCAUCGUCGACUGCCGCCACGGACUUGUACUUUUCCUCGGCCGCGGCCCGCCGCACCACCUACUUGUGUGGGACCCCGUCGCCCGCGAGCAGCGCCACCUGUUCCUCCCACCAGAGCUGGACCAGUUGAGCUUCUUCAACGCAGCGGUGCUUCGCCCUACCCGUGGCCAUUUCCAGGUGGCCCUGAUAGCAUUUGCAGGAAUAACAAGAUUUUCCGCAUGCCUUUACUCAUCGGAGACUGGCAUAUGGGGCAAUAUCAACUCACUGGAGCUGGAAUCGCAUAUACUACCUUUGGAAGGAGCCGGUACUUUGAUUGGUAAUUCCCUAUGCUGGUUACUUCGGGUGCUUCCUCACUAUGCCAUACUUGAGUUUGAUCUGGAUACACAGAGCCUAGCUGUGGCAGAGCUGCCAGCACUCGAAGGCGACCAAGAAUUAAGGAUUAUACCUGCCGAAGAUGGUAGGCUUGGCUUCAUCCAUGUCUCGCAAUUCCAUGCCCAAUUAUGGAAGAGAAAGCCCGAUUCUGAUGGUUUGGCUGUAUGGGUGCUUGAUAGAGCUAUUGAAUUCGAGGAGCUCAGAUCAACUUACAAGGGAGACUCUAUCACUUUAGUGGGUUUCGCCGAGGAGAGUAAUGCAGUCCUUGCACUGACAGUUUCUGGUGUCUUCAUGGUCUAUCUCCAGUCAGUGGAGUUUAAGAAAAUUUCCAACGUGAGGUCCAAUUUUACCUAUUAUCCAUUUGCAUGUUGCUAUGCUGCAGGAACUGGCAUUCUUGAUGGACAUGAUGGAGAUGAAGUGUUGAACAAUAUGUGAGAUGGUUGUUUGGUGAGACAUGCUAGUAUGAUGUGAUCACUGAAAAGGUAUGGCUAAGUUGCAGGAAUGGCUUAUCGGUAUUAGGUUCCUCCAUUUUGUAUUUUCUGGUGUUGUGGCCAGUGAUGGUCCAUUCCAUCUGAAAAUCGGUCCGUUGUGGUAUGUACUCCCUCCGUUCGGAAUUACUUGACGUAGAAAUGGAUGUAUCUAGACAUUUUUUAGUUCUAGAUACAUCCAUUUCUGCGACAAGUAAUUUGGAACGGAGGGAGUAGUACUUAUCAAGUGUGAAGCACACCUGCAGGAAGCCAGGAACGAACUGGAAACAGCAGAAUCUAGAUAUUUUCAGAGGCUAGUUUCUCACUCUGCCCAGUAGCUAGCGGUGAUGGUCACUUUCAAAUCUUUCUGUAAGAUGGUCUUUGUAGACUGAACCGAUAUGGUCAUUUUCAGAUCUUUCUUUCA